AUGUCCCGAAUCGGAGUUCUUGCACUUGGCCCUGCGGGCGCCGGAAAAUCGACAUUUUGCAAUUCCAUCAUUUACCACAUGCAAUCAAUUGGCAGAAGAGCCCACAUAGUGAAUUUGGAUCCUGCGGCAGAACCAACGGAAUACGAGUUUACGGUGGAUAUCAGAGACCUUAUUUCCGUGGAUGAUGCCAUGGAAGAAAUGGGCAUGGGUCCUAACGGUGCGUUGGUGUUUUGCUUUGAGUACCUUUUAAAUAACUUGGACUGGCUCGAUGAGGAAAUUGGAGAUUACAACGACGAGUACUUGAUCUUUGACUGUCCCGGUCAGAUCGAGCUCUAUACGCAUGUGCCUGUCUUGCCGACGAUUGUGCGUCAUUUACAGACAACAUUGAACUUCAAUUUGUGUGCCACAUAUUUAUUGGAAGCGCCAUUUGUCAUUGACAGAUCCAAGUUCUUCAGUGGCGCUCUAAGUGCAAUGUCGGCGAUGAUCUUGCUCGAAUUACCACACAUCAACAUCUUGUCAAAGAUCGACCUCAUCAAAGAUGAAGUUUCAAAGAAACAGCUUAAACAAUUUUUGAACCCAGACCCGCUUGUUUUGGAGAAGGACGCGGACAAGCAGCUUAAUCCUCGGUUCGCUCGCCUCAACAAGAGCAUUGCACAGCUAGUGGACGAUUUUGGCAUGGUACAGUUCCUUCCCCUUACAUGUUCAAAAGACACCACGUCUGUGGCCACCAUUCUCAGCUACAUUGACGAUGUCACGCAAUGGUCCGAGAAUCAAGAGCCCAAGGAACCAAACGACGAGUUUGAGCUUCCCGAGGAUGACUAA